CCGAAAUAGGUGCCCAGUAAAGAGUGAGUUAAAAGCAUAUUGAUUUGAUUAACUCUUACGUAUGCCAUUUGAAGGGUGUUACUGAAGAGCAAUAUAGCAUGGACAAUGUUUAUCAUGUCCAGGGAAGUGAGUCCCGAGUUCAGGUCUUAUCUAGCUCUUUGGGAACUACUGUGUGGACAGGGAAGCUGGGCAUCAGUGUGUCACCCAAGCGGGCCGUGCCAGGGCCAGAAUGUGACUCUGGGUCUAACUCCAAAGUCCAUGUGCAGUUCACGCCCUUAAAAAUUGUCAAGAUUAGCCCAGAAGCUACCCCUUCUCGGAGGUCAUGAUGGGCAGUAAGAUGGCGUCCACCAGCAGGGUCGUUCCAGUAGUCAAGCCACAUACUCCAUUAAUAAGGUUUCCUAACACAAGAGACCAUCCUAAAUCCAGUGUAUCAGAAGUUCUGAGAUCAGCAGGACUACCAUCUCACUCUUCUUUAAUUUCACAGCAUUUUAAGGGAAGUAAAUCACCAGAUGGGCCAAUGCAUCAGGGUCCACCAGACACAGCAGAAAUAAUAAAAACGUUACCUCAGAAAUAUAGAAGGAAACCUAUAUCUCAAGAAGAAAUGGAAUUUAUCCAGUGUGGAGGUCCCAAAUAAUCACUGACAGUGGCUGCUGUUUGUCAUCAGACAGAAGGAUAGUUGUUUACAAUAAAGGACUUCCAACAUGAAAAAAAAUUGUCAAGAUUAGAUGUGUUCAUAGCAACAAAAAGAAAACAAUCCUUACCCUGCCCCCAAAACAAUUGGUAGGGACAGAGGAAGGAGCUGAGAGCAAAAAUAUUUAAAAGUUUAGGACUUCCGCCAAGAUGGGAGCGUAGGUGGAAACACUUUGCUUCCUCGCACAACCAAAUUUAAAAACAACAAAGUUUUAACAACAAUAAACGCAACCAAACCACAGAAAAUCGAACAAUAUGGAGUCUGAAAAUAAGCAACCGCUCAGCUAAACUGGUGAGAGGGGCGAAGCCAGCAGUGGAGCAGGUCAGGCAAAAAAGAUCCCCCGACCCGGGUGGCACACAGGCAGCUAAGGGCGCGGAUCCCAGGUGUGGGGUAGCUAUGGGCGGACACAGGCAAGACGCAGAGUGGCUGGCUGUCUGCGGUCCCACAUUUGCACGCAGAUAAACCAGUGAAGAGACUCGCAUUGAGAUAGACCGCACAGGCCUGGGUGCAGGGCAGCCAGCUCACACGUUUGCACUCAGAUAAACAGGCUGGGGGUGGUGGUGAAGCAGACUGGGUGAGCAGAGAGGACUGCCAUUGCUCCCUCUCUGACCCCACCCCCACAUACAGUAUCACAAACCAGCGACCUGGGUGGCCCUGCCCUGGUGAAUACCUAAGUCUCUGCUCCUCAUACUUAACAGGCACAAACAUAUGAAAACAUGGCUCAAGAACAACUCAGAGCCCCAGAGCCAAUAAAUCUAAGCAAUGAAGAAAUAGCCAAACUUUUAGAUGCAUAUUUCAAAACACUGGUGAUCAGGAUGCUCACAGAACUGGUUGAUUUUAGUCACAAAUUAGAGGAACAUAUGAAGGCUAAACUAAUUGAAAUGAAUGGAAAUGCACAGGAACCCAAUAGUAAUGGAAAGGAAACUGGGACUCAAAUCAAGGGAGCAGACCAGAAGGAAGAAAAAAAUGACCAAACAAAAAUAUGAAGAAACAAGAAUUCAAAAAAAUGAGGAGAGGCUAAGGAACCUCCAGGACAUCUUUAAACGCUCCAACAUUCGAAUUAUAGGAGUACCAGAAGGGGAAGAGGAACAAUCAUGAGUGGAAACUUUAUUUGAACAAAUAAUAAAAGAGAACUUCCCCAAUCUGGCAAAGGAAAUAGACUUCCAGGAAAUCCAGGAAGCUCAGAGAUUCCCAAAGAAGUUGGACCCAAGAAGGAAUACACCAAGGCAUAUCAUAAUUACAUUAGCCAAGAUUAAAAUGAAGGAGAGAAUCCUAGAAGCAGCAAGAGAUAAGGGGACAGUCACCUACAAAGGAGUCCCCAUCAGACUGUCAGCUGAUUUCUCAAAAGAGACCUUACAGGCAAGAAGGGGCUGGAAAGAGGAAUUCCAAGUCAUGAAAACCAAAGACCUACAUCCAAGAUUGCUCUAUCCAGCAAAGCUUUUAUUUAGAAUGGAAGGGCAGAUAAAGUGCUUCUCGGGUAAGAUCAAAUUCAAGGAGUUCAUCAUCACCAAGCCCUCAUUAUAUGAAAUGUUAAAGGGACUUACCUAAGAAAAAGAAGAUAAAAAAUAUGCACAGUGAAAGGACAGCAAACUCAUAGUUAUUAACAACCACACCUAAAAUAAAAGCAAAUUAAGAGGACAGCUAGAUCAGGAGCAAACCAUAGAAAUGAAGAUCA